ACACUAUAAAACCGAGCCUGGUAUUGGUAUGUGUUCAAAUUUACGAACCUGAGUGGUGUUGCUUGGUAGGCACUACUUUUCGAAAAAAGCAAUGGCGAAGUUGUUAGCGUUAAGUUGCUGGCGAAACCUCUCACCGCGACCUCAUUACCCCUCCAUGCCUAAAUAUCCAAAGGGACAGCCCGCCACCACCGUUGAAGAGCUCUCAGACUCCACCGCUCUUUUCUCCGUCGUCGGAAUGACUUGUGCUGCCUGCGCCGGAUCCGUCGAGAAGGCCGUCAAACGCCUCCCCGGGAUCCGCGAGGCCAUCGUCGACGUCCUCAACAACCGUGCCCACGUCGUCUUCUACCCCUCUUUCGUUAACGAAGAGACCAUUCGCGAGGCCAUCGAAGACGCGGGUUUCGAAGCGCUAUUACUCACAGACGGCACUGACGACAAAUCUGUUAAAGUAUGCCGCAUCCAAAUCAAAGGCAUGACCUGCACAUCCUGUUCCUCCACGCUAGAAUCCGUUUUACGAGGCCUUCACGGUGUCCUCGAAGCCCACGUGGGCCUGGCAACUGAAGAGGCCCAAGUCCAUUACAACCCAAAUCUCCUCCUCAAUCCAAACGACGUUUUACAAGCCAUAGAAGAUUCCGGAUUCGAAGCAGUUCUCAUUAGUUCAAGCGAAGACUUCACCAAGAUAGACCUCCGCGUGGAAGGCGCGGUAACUGACGGCGCUUCUAUGACGCCAAUACUAGAUUCUCUGCGGACACUCCCAGGAGUCCUUGUGGUGGACUUAACAGAGGAAUUCAGCAAAAUAUCGGUUUCUUACAAACCGGACAUCACGGGACCCAGAGAUUUGAUCAACGUGAUUGAGCAAACAGGCAAUGGGAAUUUCAAGGCGACGAUAUAUCCUACGGAACAAGGACAAAGAAAUUCUCACAGACGCGAGGAGACAAGGCAGUAUUAUAAAUCUUUCUUAUGGAGUUUGGUGUUUACUAUUCCCGUGUUUCUAACCUCCAUGGUGUUUAUGUAUGUCCCUGGAAUUAAGGACGCACUUGAUGCAAAAGUUGUGAACAUGCUUACCGUGGGGGAGGUUGCUCGGUGGGUGCUGUCCACGCCGGUUCAGUUCGUACUCGGCUGGCGGUUUUACUACGGUUCUUAUAAAUCGUUACGCCGUGGCUCUGCGAACAUGGAUGUUCUCAUUGCGUUGGGGACAAACGCUGCGUAUUUUUACUCUGUUUACUCUGUUUUGAGAGCUGCUACUUCUCCGCAUUUUGAGGGGAAUGAUUUCUUCGAAACGAGCGCGAUGCUUAUUUCGUUCAUUCUGCUUGGGAAGUAUCUCGAGAUUUUGGCGAAGGGGAAGACGUCUGAUGCGAUUGCCAAGCUCAUGAACUUGACACCCGACACGGCGGUUCUACUGACUUUGGACGCUGAUGGGAAUGUUGUUGGAGAGGAGGAGAUUGAUAGCAGGUUGGUUCAGAAGAAUGAUGUGAUUAAGAUUGUUCCUGGGGCGAAAGUGGCUUCCGAUGGGGUUGUUGUGUGGGGGCAGAGUCACGUGAAUGAGAGCAUGAUCACGGGGGAAGCGCGUCCCGUGGCGAAGAGGAAAGGGGACACUGUUAUUGGAGGGACUGUGAAUGAGAAUGGAGUUUUGCAUGUUAAGGCGACGAGGGUAGGAUCGGAGAGUGCUCUUUCUCAGAUUGUUCGCCUUGUGGAGUCGGCGCAGAUGGCCAAAGCACCUGUGCAGAAGUUUGCUGAUCGCAUUUCCAAAUACUUUGUGCCUCUGGUGAUUGUGAUCUCUUUCACGACUUGGCUUGCCUGGUUUUUGGCGGGAAGAUAUCAUGCUUAUCCAAAGUCUUGGAUACCGUCUUCAAUGGACAGCUUUGAGCUUGCUUUGCAGUUUGGAAUAUCUGUCAUGGUCAUAGCCUGCCCUUGUGCUUUGGGUUUAGCCACGCCAACUGCGGUUAUGGUUGGGACUGGAGUUGGUGCAUCCCAGGGUGUGCUCAUCAAAGGAGGGCAGGCAUUAGAGAGUGCACAUAAGGUGAACUGCAUUGUUUUCGAUAAGACGGGUACUCUCACUGUCGGGAAACCUGUUAUAGUGAGAACAGAAUUGUUGACAAAAAUGGUGCUCCGGGAAUUCUAUGAACUUGUGGCUGCAACUGAGGUGAAUAGUGAGCAUCCAUUGGCCAAGGCCGUUGUUGAGUAUGCCAAAAAAUUUCGAGAUGAAGAGAAUCCUUCCUGGCCAGAAGCACGAGAUUUUGUUUCCAUUACAGGACAUGGAGUAAAGGCCACUGUUCAAAACAAAGAAAUAAUGGUCGGUAAUAAAAGCCUGUUGGCUGACCAUAACAUUGCAAUUCCCGUUGAAGCUGAAAAUAUGCUUGCUCAAGCCGAAAAGAUGGCUCAAACAGGAAUAUUGGUAUCUAUAAGUGGGAAAGUGGCAGGAGUUUUAGCAGUAUCCGAUCCACUGAAACCAGGUGCUCAAGAAGUUAUUUCCAUCCUAAAAUCAAUGAAAAUCAAGAGCAUUAUGGUGACUGGGGACAACUUCGGAACAGCUAGUUCUAUUGCGAGGGAAGUAGGAAUUGAGAAUGUUAUAGCGGAGGCUAAACCGGAUCAAAAAGCAGAGAAAGUGAAAGACUUGCAGGCUUCUGGUUACACCGUGGCUAUGGUGGGGGAUGGUAUCAAUGAUUCGCCUGCACUUGUGGCAGCGGAUGUGGGAAUGGCAAUUGGUGCCGGUACAGACAUUGCUAUUGAGGCUGCUGAUAUUGUCCUCAUGAAGAGCAACUUGGAAGAUGUCAUAACUGCUAUUGACCUUUCAAGAAAAACAUUUACCCGUAUAAGGCUGAAUUACGUUUGGGCUUUGGGUUAUAACUUACUUGGAAUCCCAAUUGCUGCUGGAGUUCUUUUCCCUUCAACAAGGUUCAGAUUGCCACCCUGGAUUGCUGGGGCUGCUAUGGCUGCUUCCUCUGUCAGUGUUGUUUGCUGUUCUCUGUUGUUGAAAUAUUACAGGAGACCCAAGAAGCUAGACAACCUUGAAAUACGAGGCAUAAGCAUCGAGUCAUCCAGUGAUAUAUGAUCACGAUUCCUGGUUUUUCUUUAGCCAUUUUUGUACGUAUGUAAAUGUUGUGUUGUGAUCAUUUUAGUUUAGUGUACAGGUGUGAGAAAGGGUUUUCGGUCAUGUAAAAAACCUUAGGUUAAACUCUGUCGUAUCUAAAAUUUACAAAUUACUCCUGCCA